AUGCCUCGCCUCCUCCGCGCCGCCGCGCGCACGCUCGCCGCCACCGCCGCGCCAGCACCAGCAGCACCAUCCCUUGUCGCGCGCCUCGCCGUCCGCGCCGCGCCCGUCCGCUCCACCUUCCUCACCGCCGCCCCGCGCCCCGCCUCCCUCCUGUCUCGCAUCUCGCCCGCUGCCGUCCCCGCGCCGCUGGCUGCGCGCCUCGGCCCCGCACCUACCGCCCAGCAGGUCCGCACGGCCUACGGAAACGAGUACCAGCCUUCGCAGCGCAAGCGCAAGAACAAGCACGGCUUCCUGUCUCGCUCGAAGACUCGCCUCGGCCGCAAGAUCCUCGCCAGGAGACGACUCAAGGGCAAGAAGAACCUCAGCCAUUAA